CGACGGGUGAUUGUAAUAUGUAUGUCGACAACACCUAUUCCGAUCCAGAUUCCAAUAAUUACUUGACGAGCUUCAAUGCAUCUGACUUGGUAUUUGAUGACCCUAACGGUAAUGCAAAUGCCUUAUCAGAAAUUAUCUUGGCGGUUAAUAUAAUGGAUCCAACGUUUAUUAGCAGCAAUGCUAGUCUGGGAGCGUUGUUUGCUGAUAAAGAUACGGUACCUGAUUUGCAAUCAGCGUCUCAAAAGUCACGCUUAAAAGGAUUUACUAAUUACGAGUCUACGGCAGAGUUUGGUAACACUUACGAACUCGCUAACAACCAGUCGUACGACUUUCUUUACGAACGCAGAAUAUUUAGUCGCCUUAAUCAAAAUGUUGUAAACGUGCUGUCUGGACACGGCAAUCAUACACAAAUAACAUUAAUAAGCAGCAUAUUAGUAUCGUACCCCAGCUCCGCCGUCGGAAGUUACGCGACUGUAUCUAUAAGACCCAGAUCUUAUGUUGUCAUAACGGAAAUCGAAAACUCCGCUUUGACGGUGAGUGAUUUCCUCAGUGCUGUGGGUGGUAUUUACGCUAUUGCAAUGGGAAUCUAUUUAUUCUUAUACGGCGCCAAUGCAAUGGGUCCAUGGGGUAAGAUUCAAAAUUUGCCGUUCAUCCACCCCAGGGUUAAGUCCACCCUCGAAGAACGUCUAAGGGAUGAAAGGGAAUUUAAGAAAAGUCAGCAAGACGAUAGCAACAAUUCAAAUAUUCCGUUCUCGGGUUUUGUGUUCUCAAGAAAUCUUUCGAGCGAACAGAAAAUUGUAGCGUUGGAACAAAGACAGCUUGCAUUGGAGUUCUUUUUAAGGGAAUAUGUUGUAAGCGUAGAUGACAUUUUGUCCGAUGAAACUGCUGCAAGAAGUGUUGAUGACACUUCUGAUACAAAUGUUUGA